AUGUAUGGUCAUACUGACAUCGAGACAGACACUCGACCACUCACGGCGUUUGAUGCUGUCGUCGCUGCGGAUGCAGAUGACCAUGUCAACAUCAUCACGAGUCCGACAGAGUCCUGGAUCCCCGAGUUCCCAAUCAUUACCAAUAGGGAGAUAACGACGUAUGCGGACGGUCUGUGGGGCCCUCAGGAGUACACCCGCUGGCCUCAGAUUUUCAGCGAAUCCAUCUUCCAUCAUGCCUGUAUCCCACUCAAGGGAAGCCCGGAUGCACCCGCUGACUCCGUAUAUGACGGGUUUGGAUCUUUCUUCUUCACCGACACCGCCCUCAAUUUCGAUGAUAUAUACGACUGCGAGACCCCCGGGUUUGGUCGAAUGGAUACAAAAGUCCUUACGGAAUUGAAGGCGCAGGCAGAACUUGCAAUCUGCAAGUUGCGAGCUGCAGAGGCCGCAGUGAAUCCUCACACCCACAAUCGUCAUGUCUAUCCUCCACCGCUCUUCUCUUCUCUUGGCAACAACUUGAAAAUUCUGCUCCGCAACGCUGUAGAUCGCCUCCAGUACUUACCAUGCACCCGGGCCCACGUCCUAGUUACCGGCCGAAUGGCCCAUCGGCUCAUCCUUGAGAUAUACGGCCUCAGUAUCUAUCGUACCGUGGUUGUACAUCGUCUGGCCAACCCAACUCCGAACGCGAUUGGUCGCGCCCUGCGCGUACGCGGUGCCUUUGUCCGCAAUGCUGCCAGUGCCCAGCUUCUAUUCCGCCUCGGCAUCCCCUUUUGGUUUCUCCAGCGAUUCCGGCUCGACAUCAAUAUCCAUAGGGUUGUUCGUCCCAAGUCAUGGACGGAUGAUCUGAACUCGAUGCCGGUAGGAAUGAAGGUACCGAAGAGCUGGUAUGACGCAGACGGUACACAGCAAGACCCGGCGAGGUGGGUGCAUCCGUCGCUCCUGUACGUCUGCACCACACUUUGUUCGUCAACUUUGCCACGGCUCGAGGAUGUCAUUGUCUCCGAAGCACCGGCUACCAAGCGGCACAAGGGGCCAUUGGGCCCCCCCUCGCAGGAGAAGUCUCAAUGCGCCAGCGGCUCGAAGCAGAAGAAGGUGCGCCGAGGUGGCAAACAUCGAGCCACACAUCCGAGGCCCUUCCAUGCAGCGUUUGCCUACGAGUCGCCGCCGAGCGAUAUCUUGGCGGACACGCCGAACUGGCAACGCGCUCUCCGACAAGUCUCGCCGCUCCCCAACCCACCUCCCAAGGCAGCGGUCUACUACUUCCCCCCGCCCUUCAUCUUCACGUCCGCAGGUGACAAGCUGGGACGCUACAUCCACAACUACGCUCGGAUACGCAUGUUCUGUCGACAGCGCCUCCUCGAGCCUCACUUCGAGGGCCGACCCCUCAAAAUCUCGGAGUGGAAGCACGCUCUCUACGGCGACUACAGGGUUGAUGACUCCACUGCCACACCUUCGAGCGAAGCAGCGAUUGACCAGAAUGCACGCAUGCGGCAUGAGCACAAGCAAGCUGUUCGCAGGCUGUUCGCGACGAGCGCAGGGUUAGCGUCCUACUCUGAAGACAUGUGGCCGAGGUUCCGACGUGACCGCAUCACUUUCUCUCAGGCUGCUUCGGACCGAGCAUUGGCUCGGGAGGUCAUCUGGGAGGUGAACGAGAUGAACUGGCGCUGUGAGCUGCGAGCCCUCAAUGCGCUCAUCGUUGGUGCGGAACGCAGCGAAUGGGUGCGCUGGGAGCAAGAGCAGGCGGUCUGUGGGGUUUGGCAAGAGGCAUUGGCGGUGACCGGGCACUCCGCGUUGUUCUGCAGUGGCCAGUCCAAGUUCUGCUGGACCCCCGUCAUCGAGGAUGGCUGGCAGCAGCGUGGGCGGAAUCUCACUGCGUUCAUCCGCAUCAUGAGUCGCUGGCCGAACUUCCCCUCUACAUUGCGUGACCGUCUCUUCACGCUCACAAAACACGACCAGCCAGAGGAGUUCGAUCGAUUGGAGAGCAUCGCGGUGGACUUCUACGUUUCAACAUUUGUAUCUCAGUAUCACCGUCUUCCCUGUGUGCCUCUUCGCCGUCUCGUGAAUCCACCGUCUGUGUUGUCGGCCUCUGAAGGCAUGAGCGCAUAG